CAUAUAAACACAUACAAACAAACGUUCUUGUCCACAACAAAUCUGGUUUCACCGACUCGACGGCGCCGCCGUAGUGACUGCAGAACGACUGUCUCCGGUAUGGAUCCACCCCUCCAGCGAAUCUUCACAAAGGUGGAACAGAAACCGCUCAAUGUGGGAUGAAACAGGAGGAAUUCGUCGAGACUGAGCUCUGAAAUUUCAUCAAGCAACUUGUAGAUAGUUCGUACGUUGUAGAUUGAAUGCCACUGGAAAUAAGUAGAAUACAGAUUUCUGAAGUUGUCCUCGAUAGUAACAAUCAAUACCCUUCAUUCUAACGCUCACUAGUACUGUACGUGGUUUGAAGACACGGUUGUUGUGCAAUCGGGUGGCCAGUUGCCUUUUUCGGACACCUUGAAAGUGUCGCUGUGUUACUACAGCUUCAAAUCGAACUUUUAUCACCUGUACGUUCAGCUCUCUUCGCGCGUACAUCGCGAUGGCUUCGGGAAGCCCAGACGACUCUGGUAGGCAAGCUGCCCUUCCCUGGACACCUGACGUGUCCGAGAGUGCAACCGAAGCUCUUCAAGCAUUGGACACUUACAAGAAGAAGGAUCCAUCUAAAGUGGUGGUUCGCUUCAAGGCAGUCGGUAACGCACCAAUCAUGAGGCAGAACUUUUAUAAGAUUACUGCCUCCAACCGUUUCCAGGCAGUGAUACAGUUUUUGAGGAAGGAGCUGGGCUGGAAAGCCGGAGAUCCACUGUUCACAUACAUCAAUCUCGCAUUUUCUCCCGCUCCCGACGACACAGUAUCAAAUCUCUACAAGUCAUUCGCUACGGAAGGACAUCUGAUAGUCAACUACAGCACGACGGCGGCAUGGGGGUAACAACACUCUUGCUAAACAGUGUAUAUAUAUAUUUUUCGCACAGUUGUGUCACCGUUCAACAUUAUACUUGUCACAAGUUAAUACAAAUUCUUCGUUCGUUA